GUCCCUGGUGUCCGAGUCCCUGUCCCCUCUCAGCUGCUCUGGGCGCCAGGCCGCAAGGAAGACGCUCUGGGGUCCCCCAGAAGCGGGACCGGGAGAUGGAGUCCGUGAUAUUUGAGGAUGUGGCUGUGGACUUCACUCUGGAGGAGUGGGCAUUGCUGGAUCCUGCUCAGAGGAAGCUCUACAGAGAUGUGAUGCUGGAAACCUUCAGAAACCUGGCCUCACUAGAUGAUGAGACUCAAUUUAAGGACAUUGGGUCAGUUUCUCUACAGAAUAUUUAUGGGAAACAAAUAUUUAAGGGGCAUAAAAUACUAAAGUUUACAAGAAGGGAUUCUUUGGCCUCCAUUUUAGGAAAAAUUUGGGAAGGCCUUAGCAUUGAAGAUCAGCACAAAAACCUUGGGAAGUAUCUGAGAACAGUGUAACACUCUGCUGGUAUACUCCUUCCUCUUGUGUGAGUGCCACUCACCUCAAAUUCGUCUCCUGGAUUUGGGGCUGAUCUUCAAUGUUAUGAAGUUUCCCUUUUUCUUCCAAAUUGGACCAGGAAUCAUUUGUUAAGAAACUUAUUAUUUUCUCUCCAUUGGAUAGUUCAUUCCCAAAAAUACCCUGCUGAGGACUUGAUGUUCUGGUUUUAAUUUGAGCACAACUACCUGCAAAAAUUGGUAAUACAAUAUAAUUUCUUGGGGAAAAAAUGGUGGAAAGAAAAAAAGACCAUUUGUGAAUUUCUUUUCAUGUACUAAUAUAGAAGGGAAACAAAUUUUAUAAGGAAUUAUGGACAUGUGAGCAAAGGAAGACUGAAGACUUUGACAAUAGGGAAAACGGCAGCCUGUCCACUAUGAAACCAGCUGCUGUAGAGUCCACCCGACUCAUGAUGACCCCAUGUAUCUCAGAGUAGAACUGUGAUUCAUAGGAUUUGCAAUGAUUGAUUUUAUGGAAGUAGAUC